GGGGGGGGGGGUACAAUACGAUAAGACUCUAUACAAAGCAACGGAAUAGCUAGUUUACAGUAUGAAGUGUAUGAAGACAUAAUUUACGAGAUAGUGAAAAGGCAGAUAGUAUCUCGAUAAUAUUACUGUUGAACAAACAAUCCUUUGAGCUUUUUCAAAUGUGACAUUUAUUGUGGAAACUAUAAUUUCGAGAUUAUUAUCCUCAGUAAAGGUUAUAGCACAGCCCAUCAGUCUAAACAAAUAUACAACUGAGAGUCAACUACGGAAGUCCAAAGGCAGCCUACCGCUAGUCUGCUGUGCAAACCCUUCACUCGAGUUAAGGGUCUGAAUGUGCAGCCUACUCAUGCCUUGUGUACUGAAGGCCCUCUCAAAUUGAAACAGCGAGUUUUGUAUGUGCAGUCUUUGCGUGGAGACACACUUGCUGAUCAAAGUUUCAAUCAGGGUCUGUGCCUGCAGACUAGCCUAUCGCUGGCUACAAUGACAGCUAGACUCAUUUGACCUUUGCAAUGGCUAUGAACGUGUAGCUAAUACCGGGAGCUAAUAUAAACAUACUACUGGAAAACCAGAUCAGUCUGCUCUAUUUAUUAUGUAGCUGGUAACUGAGCACUUUUAUUUCUUGGGAAGCUAAGGAUCGAAACGUUUUUGUACGCAAAAUGGAACUGCGUGAAAGAGUAAUUAUUGAUGAAGCAAGUAGUUUGUCCAACAGAUAGAUGCCUGAAAGAUACUAUAAUGGCCAAAGAAGAGAGAGAUCCCACUGGGGAUGACGAGCAGAAAAACGUUGAUAACGAUUCUCUUCACACUGAAAGUGAAGCACUAUCUGAGGGUUACAAUGAUAAUACACAGACAGAGAAACGUAUUUGGACUAGAAUCUUUGAGGUGAUGAUCCAACGAAGAGGGAUCUUCUGGGCGCUGUCAUACGCAAUCCUAACUUCAUUUGCCGCGCUGACAAUCAAACUUUUAUCUGGCAAAGUGUCUCCUAAUCAGAUUAUGCUCUACCGAUCACUGACUAUCGUGCUCUUCACGGCGCCAAAUCUCCAACGCCAGCGAGUAUCGCUUUCCCUGCCCCUCAAAGCUUGGAGUCUUGUAGUUUUCAGGGGAAUAGCCGGCAUGGCAAUGGCCAUCAGCUAUUACUACGCUAUCCAACAUCUUGAUAUCUCAACCGCCAAAUGUAUCAGACAAGGUUCAACCUUCCUUACAUGUAUCUUGGCAUGCGUCUGUUUAAAGGAAAAUUGCUCCAUCGGAAUUUCUUUAUCGUGUUGCAUUAGCGUUGUCGGCGUGUUCCUUGUUGUUCAGCCAGCGCCUAUCUUUGAUGGUCUUCUUGAAAGCAACAGUGACCAUUCGCCACUUGGCUUACUCGCAGCAUUUUCUGCAACACUUUGUAUGUCUCUCAUAUACAUCUCUCUGCGCUUUCUUGCUCCCUUCAAGGUAAACGCACAACUCAUUAAUCUUGCUUACGGUUGCAUCGGAUUUUUUGGAUCUGCAUUACUGGAAACCGCCCUAAAUGACUGGUCCAUCCCUCGUUGUGGUUAUGAUCGUCAGAUACUCCUAGCUACCUGUAUCAUCGGCUACUUUCAGGUCAUAACCAUCACUAUAGCACUCCAGACGGAAAAUGCUGCAGUUGUUGCUGUUAUUUCGACCACAGCCGUUUUUGGCACCUUCGUCUUAGACUAUGCCUUCUAUGACGUUACCCCGAAUGCUUUUAAGAUCAUUGGAGGUCUUUGUGUAACAGGCAGCUCCGUGGGUGCAACAAUGUCUUCUUACUAUGCUGCUAAGAGAAGACUUUCUGAAAAUAGGAGUUGAUCUCGCGAUUCGUUGAAAUCAUACAAUAUACUGAUUAUACUGUUGUGAACAUUUUACAGUGAGUUUGCCGAUCGGUACGACCCCAUAUUACCUUCAAAGCACAAACUCUGUUCUUCCCCUUUGCUAAUCAAUUGCUUGUGAUAUUACAAAUAUACGAUGGCAGCGCGGCAUAUGAAGGGAAUUAACACCACGAAUGGAUGCAAUCCAAGGGUAAUUGUUUACAAUCAGGGUAUAACCCCUACCCCUCUCUCUGACUGCAGGUAAAAUAAAGUUACUUGAUUUUUUUUUACCGAAGUUUGCUAUGUAUGAAUUACAAGUAAAAUUCUCAAAGUUUCAAGGCUACGAUAUGACGAUAUCAUUCCUUUGUUUUGCACAAAAAACAUACAUCUAUUUUCUGACGAAAGUAUACCAUAGCGCGAGGAACGUACAGUUCUCCGAGAGAGAGGGUUUGGGACUUCAAGAAAGUGACCACAAAAGACACAAUGCAUACAUAAUUACUUCGAUUCCAAUUUAUCGGAAUGAAUUCCAGAUUUUCGACAUGAUCUGGAACAAUAUUUGUAAUAAUAUUCAUCAUUUCAUAGUUCAUUAAGCACCUAUAAUGGAAACAAAUAUCAAUGUCAUUUUCAAAAUUUGUAGAUAGAUAUGGUUACAUUUUGUGCACUAAAUAAUCUCAACAUUUUGUUCGCUAUGUGUACAUCAAUAUUUAACAUGUUCUAAUGAUUUUAUGGGAAUAUAAUUAUGUGUUCAUGUUUUAAUGAACACGUGGAAUGUAAAAAGUUCUUUUUUUUGUUUUGACGAUAAUUAAAUUGUUUUCUUUAGAUAUCUGUCACAUUAUAUUCUUGUAUCGUUCAUUUGCUUUGAGUUUAUGAAAAUCCCUGUCUUGUACUUCAGGGAGCACACAAUAUUCGAAAAUCAAGUAAAUGAGAAGAAAGAUUAAGGCUUUGGCCGUCGUAUUUUGGCGUGUGUAUUUGUUAGUGUCGCUCUGAAGUCAUGUGCCAAGUUUCAUAAAAACAAAAUCACAGCAAAAAUAAAAAUGUUGUCCAUGAAAAAAGGCCACAGUUAAAUUUUCGUUUUUCUCUCAUUUACAUUGUGUAAGCCCUUAUUCAAUAUUUUUUUUUCAAAUAUGUCUUGAGCAAUAUAAUUCAGAAGUAAUGUUUAUCAACCUAUGGAUGGAAUUCUGAACGAAAAAUAAAACUGAUCCGUUUAUUUAUGGAUGAUGGAUGAGUGAGCACACAUAAAAGGAAAAUAAGAAAAGUCUUCAAAUUCACCUGAAUCAUAAAUUAUUGAGGGGUUGUAAAAAGGAAAAUUGGGUGCGAAUUCCACUAGAAUUUUUUCGUCAGCCUCGAACUUAGGACAAACUGCUGUUCUGAUUCACAAGAUUUCG